AUGGAGACUAUCGAGGUCGAUGUUCUCGUCUGCGGAGGAGGCAUGUCUGGAAUGGCAUGCGCUGCUUUUGCGGCGGAAGCAGGAGCUAAAGUACUGGUCGUCGAGAAGCAAGCUGAUGUGGGUGGCUCAUCAAAUUACUCUGCAGGGAUGUUCUGGGCCCCGCAAACAUAUAACAAGCUGAGAAACUGGGUCCCUGACGGAGAUCCAGCGCUUCAAAAGGCCUGGUUAAGCGAUUAUCUACCUGCUGUACAGUGGAUGCGUGAAAACGGCGUGCCAAUAGCAGACCGGUUCGACGGUAUCAUGACAAUCGGUAUUGGAUUUCCUAUUAAGAUUCCACACCUUCAUAACCUCCACCGAAAGCGCAUCCAGUCCAGCAAGACACAUUCCGAUAUUUUCACCAACACGUCGGUAGUCAAGUUGAUUCAGAAAGAACCAGGGGUUUCAGGAUCGAGCAUAAUUGGUGCUGUCAUUUGCAGGAACUCUGCGCUAUAUUACGAAGUCAGAUCCAAAGUGGUGGUUUUGGCUACGGGAGGCUUUCAAGGUUCUCCGGGGAUGACAUCUAAAUAUCUGGGGCAAGGUGGAGACAAUAUCUUUGUGCGCUCCAAUCGUGGAUCGGUGGGCGAUGGACUCAAGCUGGCCAUGGAAUCUGGUGCAGGAACCAGUAGAGGAAUGAACACCUACUAUGGCCAUCUUUUGGCGGCUCCACUUCGAGCUGAAGACGUGGAUCCAAAGGACUAUCUUCCACUCGCUCAAUACCGUCAGCGAUUUGCCGAUGAGACCACAGGUGACGAGAUCAUCAAUCAGUAUCUCGCCAAGCAGCAAAAGCGUCGCGGGUUUAUAUUGUUCAAUGAGAAGACCCGUCUCCAACACUGCGUCACUGCGUUGUUCCCUAAUGCAGGAAACAUUGAUCGUCUGCAGAAAGCCCGCGAACAUGGCUGUAAUGUUGGAAGUGCGUCAACAUUGAGUGGUCUGGUAGAUAUUCUUCACGGAUGGGGUGUGAAUGAUGUACAGGCAAGACGCACCAUCGAGGCGUAUGAUCAAGUGGUUCGUUUGGGGGAUAAGAGCAUUUCCCUUCACGCCCCUAUCGGUCGAGCUGGUUCGCCCCCUGCACCCUUGGUGGAUGGGGAAGGACCCUUCUAUGCCAUGGAAGUUCAGCCAUCGAUCACAUUCACCUACGGCGGUAUCGCGAUCGAUACGAAGGGGCACGCCUUGACCCCAGAUAAAUCCCGAAUUCCAGGUUUGCUCGUCGCGGGCGUCGAUGCUGGUGGUUUCAGUAAUCUCGGAUACGCCGGGGGUCUUGCUCUUGCGUUCGUGACAGGUCUAUGGGCGGCCCGAGAGGUUGCAUGCGACUUGGGGUUGCCUGAGCCUCGCCUACCCCCUGCCGAUGUUCGGGAUGGGAAGGAUAAACCAAUCCAAGGGCGCCUUUGA